AUGGCUCCUCCUCGCUCCCCUCUCCCCGCCGUCUUCCCCGUCCUCCUCCUCGUGCUCCUCACUGCCGGCGGCGCAGGCGCCGUGGAGGUCCUCGCCAAGUCCCUCCUGGAGAGCUGCGUUGACGACUCGGGCGCGGGGGGCCGCCUCUCCUGCGACAGAAAGGUCGUCGUCGACAUGGCCGUCCCCAGCGAAUCCAGCGGCGGGGAGGCGUCGCUGGUCGCGCAGGUCGCGCACGUGAACGACACGGAGCAGACGAAGACCAUAAGAAAUCCCCCUGUCAUUACCGUCAACAAGGGCGCCGUGUUCGCGCUCUACGCCCUCAACUACAUCAGGGAUGUUGCUUACAAACCUGAGGAACAGUUUGUCGAGACACGCAAAUGUGAACCAGAUGCUGGUGCUGAUGUUGUUGGAGCUUGUGAAAGGUUAUGGUAUGAGAACGGUUCUAUGAUUCAGCACUCAGAGCCUAUUUGCUGUCCCUGUGGUCCUAACCGCCGUGUACCUUCAUCUUGUGGAAGUGUUUUUGAGAAAAUUUUCAAAGGAAAAGCUAAUACGGCUCACUGUCUACGAUUUCCAGGUGACUGGUUCCAUGUUUUUGGAAUUGGAAGAUGGUCACUUGGGUUCAACAUCAGGGUACAAGUUAAGAAAGGUUCAUCUGUAUCGGAAGUUGUUGUUGGUCCGGAGAAUAGAACUGUUGUUUCUAAAGACAAUUUUCUGAGAGUGAAUCUUAUUGGUGAUUUUGCUAGUUAUACUAGCAUCCCAACAUUUGAGCACUUCUAUCUUGUGACCCCUAGGAAGGGUGCUGGUAGCGGUGAGCCACAAAACCUUGGUGCUGAAUAUAGCAAGUGGAUGCUGUUGGAGAGAGUUCGUUUUACAGACGGUAUCGAAUGUGACAAGAUUGGUGUUGGUUAUCAGGCUUUCCAAAACCAACCUAACUUCUGUGCAUCGGCAUUUGGGAGCUGUUUGUACAAUCAGCUAUGGACCUUUUUGGAGUCUGACAAAAAUCGGAUAAACAGGAGCCAGCAGCCCCAAUAUGCUGUGCAGGGAAGGUUUCAGAGGAUCAAUCAACAUCCAAAUGCAAGUGUUCAUACUUUUUCUAUUGGAGUGACAGAAGUUCGUAAUAGCAAUUUACGGAUAGAGCUGAGUGCUGAUGACAUAGAAUACAUGUAUCAGAGGAGUCCAGGGAAGAUAACCAACAUUAGUGUUCCAACAUUUGAAGCCUUAAGUCAAUAUGGCACUGCAAAGGUCACAACUAAGAAUAUUGGUAAACUGGAGGCUUCGUAUACCUUGACGUUUAACUGCUUAAGUGGCAUCAGUUUUGUGGAGGAGCAGUACUAUGUCCUGAAACCGGAUGAAGCGAGUACCCGUUUAUUUUACUUGCGCGCAUCUACAGAUAAAGCAGCAAAGUAUCAAUGUACAGCUAUUCUGAAGGCGUCAGAUUUUAGUGAACUUGACAGACAAGAAUGCCUUUUUUCUACUACGGCUACAGUUCUUGAUAAUGGAACACAGAUUAUCGGUUCAUCAAAUGACCACGAAUUGGGUUUCUUUGACACCAUCAAAGGCUAUUUGCUUAGCUUCUGGGAUUUUAUGAUUGAUUUAUUCAGUGGCAAAUCCUGCAGGAUGAACAAAUGUUGGAGCUUUUUUGACUUUAGCUGCCAUACCCAGUACACAUGCAUCACCUGGCUCGUCAUGUUGGUGCUGCUACUUUUUACGUUACCCGCAGGCGCACUUCUCCUGUGUCUUCUUCAUCAGAAAGGCUUCUUCGACCCGGUGUACGACUGGUGGGAGGACCUGCUGGGGCUCGACGACCGCACGCACCGGAGGCACAAGAAAGGCCGCCGCCACCACCAGCACCACCACCAACACGGGCACUCGCACCGCCAUGGCCACCACCCCCACAGUCACCACCACGCGCACCAGAGGAGCAAGAGCGAGCCCAGCCACCACCACGUCCUACACAGGCAGCAGCCCGAGGCAGCGGCAGAAGGCCACCGGCACAGGCACGACCCGGCGCUCGGCGUGCAGCACAGGGAGGCCGGGCACUUGGGGCACAAGCGUCGGCAUGGCAAAGCGGUGACCGUAGAGGACGCCCUGGAGUUCAGGGAACGAAGGCCGUACGAGAUAUGUGCUCAGAUGAGUUCGAUCCCAAGCAAAUUGUUUAAUGAAGGAGUUGGCAAGCUAGUCAAGGCUAUUAAGAAGAAAAGGAAUUCCUUGACUGAGAAUGUGAAUGCUAUUGUUAGAACAAAUGAUGAUGGGAAUCAUGUUCCACUAGACACCGUGAUGUUUCAUAACCAAUAUUGUUUGAAUACAACCUUUUCACAAGUUGCAAUUGUGUUUUCUUAG